ACCCGGAGCCUGAGCCUGAGCUUCCUGCGGACGAGGGGUCUCAGCCAUGAGCACGCUAGAGCUCAGUCUCCCGUUCCUUCUGCUGCUCCUGGGCCUGCCGGGGCACUGUGGUGCAGAAAGGCGGAGAGAGGGUGCCGAUGAGGCGGGUUCGGCCUGGGGCUGGCCGGGCCUCCAGCGCCUGAGGGAACGGCUGAGUACGGCCGGUGCCCACUCCUGGCGGUACUGGGCGCUCUUGAGCUGCCAGAUGUGGCCCGACGAUUGUGAGGAGGAUGGCCAGGCUGCGGCCAGCCGCCUGGGCCAGACCCUUACCCAGUGGGGCCAGAGGUCCCUGGAUAUCCUGACCACGUGGUACUGCAGCUUCCAGGACUGCUGCAAUGGUGGCGACUGCAGGAUCUCCAACAACUUUUCAGCCUUAGAGUCAGACCUGAGUGUGCGGCUGCAUGGCCAGCAUUUAGCCCGAGAGCUGGUCUUCAGAGCUGUGAAAGGCUACUUAGAGAUGCCCCAGCCACACAAGGCCCUGGCACUCUCAUUCCAUGGCUGGUCUGGCACAGGCAAGAACUUUGUGGCACGGAUGGUGGCAGAGAACUUGUAUCGGGACGGGCUAAAGAGUGACUGUGUCAAGAUGUUCAUUGCCGUGUUCCAUUUUCCACACCCCAAGUAUGUGGACCUGUACAAGGAGCAGCUGGUGGAUCAAAUCCAGGGAAUGCAGCAGCACUGUAGCCAGAGCCUACUCAUCUUUGAUGAGGCUGAGAAGCUGCAUCCGGAGCUGCUGGAGCUCCUUGGGCAACACUUGGAACGCCAGGCUACUGAGGACCACAGAACCAAGUUUGCAAGAAGCAUCUUUCUCUUUCUCAGUCUCUUGUCUUUUAGUAACCUUGGAGGCAGUGUCAUCAAUGAGGCAGUCCUGAAGUUGCUUCAGGCUGGAUGGGCCCGGGAAGAUAUUACAGUGGAACACUUGGAGCCCCACCUCCAGGCUGGAAUUAUGGAGUCUACAGAGAGUGGCUUGGGCCACAGUCGUCUUGUGAAGGAAAACCUGAUUGACUUCUUUGUCCCUUUCCUGCCACUGGAGUACCGCCACGUGAGACUGUGCGUACGUGAUGCUUUCCUAGGCCAGGAGCUCCCGUACUCAGAAGAGGUCCUGGAUGAAGUUGCCAAGAUGAUGACGUAUGUUCCCAAGGAGGAACAGCUCUUUUCUUCCCAGGGAUGCAAAUCUAUUUCCCAGAGAAUUAAUUACUUCCUGCCUUGAAGGCUCAGUGAAGACUUCUGAAGUUGCCUUGCUCCACUAACACAGCUGUGGGACCUGCCAGGUCAGGAGUUGGCAUCCAGCAGUGGCAGACACAUGACUAGUGUAUGAAGGAAAAGGCUUACAUCGGAAGCAGAGUCAAUUCUUAAAAUCAUUUGGUGCCUUAAAGACACACACUCCAGAACGUGGGCCAAGAAGCUGGAAAAGCCAAAGGAAGACCAUAAGUUCCCAUGGUCAGCCGUGCAGGGUUCUCAUCGGCACUGGAGCUGACUGGCAGAUGGGUGGCUUGGGUUGCGUGGCCCUGACGCUGCAGGAGUCUUGCUUUAGAGGAGAGAGAAGAAAGUCUGCGGCCGGCCUGGUGGAGGAUGAGGAGUUCCCCAUCUAGGGGGGCUGGUUCUCAAGGUAUUCCCAGAAAGCUGAGCACCUUCUCUUUGUGAGCCUAUCAGCAGAGUAUUAGGCUGAAGGGAAAAGUGCACAGAGGAAAACACUUUAGAGGGGCUUUCAUUGGGGGUCUUUUUUUUUUUUUUUUUUUUUUAGUAUUCUCUGUUUUUAUAU